AUGGCACCAAAACCUCAAUCCAGGGCUUCAAAGCCGGCGAGCAGGCGGACCUCCUUGGCCACCUCCUCAGACAAGACCAAGAAGCCAGCAGCAAACGGCGUCGCAAAGCCUCAAGCAGCAUCGAGCGCUUCAGCUGCCAAGCGAGGAACCAAACGAGCCAAGGAGGUCGAAGAGGAGCAAGACGAGCUUCAGGACGACGACGACGAGGCAAAGGACGCUGCCGCUCCCCUCCCCGAUGUCAAAAAGCGAAGCACAAAAGGACGCGCAUCUCUCAAUGAAUCCCAGAGCGAUAUCGAGAUGGCCGACGGCACGUCUCGCCCCAUCAAGCGCAGUCGACGUGCGCCUACUCCGGCCGGCCCCAUCAACUCCGUUCCGAGACCGAUUCAGCCGGUUCACGCCGACGACGUAGCGGAAGGCAUCGCUGUCGAAGUCACCGUCGGUACUCAGACCACGAGUGGCAAAGGCGAUGUGCUGCCCCGUAAACUCUUCGUCUGGGGGUCAGGUGACGCUGGUCAAUUCGGUGUUGGGCCUCCCGAGGAUGACAAGCCGAACAAGCUCAACAAGCCAAAGCCUUUCGGCAACAAGGAAAUCUCGUUGCAGAUUGAUGACGGCGACUUUGGCGAAGGAGGUAUCGAGAUCAUUGUCGGUGGUGGUAUGCACUCGGUCAUGAUUGACAGCCUCGGUCGUAUCUUGACUUCGGGUGCGGAGGACUACGGCACACUCGGUCGCAAGCACCGCGGACCGGCUGGUGACGCAGAAGAGUCGUACUUCAACUUUGCUCCUGUCGAGGGUCUCUCACCCUCUGGAAAAGGCAUCAACCCCAUCGACGGCAAGGAGGGCACCGUCGAAAAGUACCGCGCGACGCGAGCUGCAUCGGCGGACGCCGCAGGUGCUGUUCUCGACGAUCAUGGACGACUGCGCUCGUGGGGCUACUUUAAGGAUGGCGAGGGACGCGUUUGCUUUGCUGAUUCGGAUGCUCCAGGCCGCAACAGGGAGCAGUGGUACCCCAUCGCAUUGCCAGGCAUUGAGAACGAGACGUUCGCGGCAGUGGCAGCAGGUGAGAACCACUUCCUUGCUCUCACGCUCAAGGGCAAGGUCUACUCGUGGGGCACCAACACGUGCUACCAGCUCGGACGAAGCUCGAACCCGCGCAGGGUAUCUCAGAACUUCACAGGUGAGGCACCGAAGGAGUGCGAUCUCACACCUACGCCCAUGGUGGGGCUCGGAGAGUGCAAGCGCAUCUUUUGCGGUUUGACCAACGGCUUUGCGGUCGAGAAGAGCGGCAAGGUGGUCGGUUGGGGAUUGAACACCAAGGGACAGACGGGAACCGGAUUGAAAGCAUCGAAGAUCGCUACUCCCCACGGAAUUGCCGCGCUCAGUCCUGUGCGUCACAAUGGCGCUGAGGUCGUGCAGAUCGUCGGCGGCAACUUCCACACGGCAUUCUUGCUGGCCAACGGCGAGGUCUACAUCUGCGGUGACAGCGACGAGGGCAAGCUCGGUCUCCCAGCCGGCCACCCAGCACUGAAAGGCGCUACCGCAGCCAGCCCGAUUGUCGUUCGCGAGCCGACACUCGUGCCGUUCCCGGCGCCGCCUUCGUGGGCACCUGAGUCGGCCAAGACUACGGAUGGCAAGACCAAGAUCGUCGCCCUCAGCGCUGGUAUGCGCUUCACCCUUGCUCUGGCAGCCGACGGCACGCUCUACUCGUGGGGUACGACUUCGGAUGAUGCACUCGGACACCCGGCAGAGGAUGUUGGAGGCAACCAGAGCAAGGACACGCCCACAGCGAUUGCCAUGCCCGGUCAGCCCGGUGCUUGGCGCAUCAUGGCCGCUGCGACGGCAGGUCAGCACUCGCUGGCCAUUGCUGUCAAGCCUCCUCAGGACGACUGA